AGAUUUCUCUCGUUCAGGCAGUUUAAGCUGCCUUCUUUUUCGUAUGUGUUCUUGGUUUUCUAAUUUAUAUUUAUAACAGUGUACUAUUUUUGAAAAUAAUUUGAAAAUCACAUGGUUUGUUAAAUUGUUCUUGUUUUCAAAAUCAAGUGAUAAUCAUUCAAAUGACAUCACAGAAGAUGUCACAGAAUAAAAUAAUAACAAUUGGUACGCAUGACGGUACGUUCCAUUGUGAUGAAGCUCUUGCAAUUUUUUUGUUGAAACUUUUACCUAGGUAUAAAGAUGGAAUUAUCGUAAGAUCACGUGAUCCUGAUGUUUUAAAUAGUUGUGAUAUUGUUGUAGACGUUGGUGGAAAAUAUGAUCCUUCUACUCAUCGAUAUGAUCAUCAUAUGAGAGAUUUUAAUGAGUCAUUAAGUACAAUUAUACAUGAAGAUGGAUGCAACAGUAAAAUUAAGUUAAGCAGCGCAGGAUUAAUUUAUUGCCAUUUUGGUCAUGAAAUAAUUAAACAAUUGGCUCCUGUAAAUACAAGCGAUGAUAUUAUCAAAAUAAUAUUCAAUUCAGUAUAUUACAAGUUAAUACAAGAAAUUGAUGCUAUAGAUAAUGGAAUACCAAUGUUCGAUCAAGAACCUGCUUAUAAAAUAUUAACAGGAAUAUCUUCGAGAGUAGACAGAUUAAAUCCUUCUUGGAAUGAUGAAAAUACAAAUGAUAAUAUACAAUUUUUAAAAGCUAUUGAUUUAGUUGGAGAAGAAUUUAAUUAUGUUGUACAUAACUGUAUAAAUGUAUGGUUGCCUGCAAGAUACAUUGUAGAGAAUGCUGUAGCAAAUAGAUUUCAGAUCGAUGAAAGUGGAGAAAUCAUAGAACUAGAAAAGUUUACACCGUGGCAGCAACAUUUAAUGGACAUAGAAAAGGAGAAAAAUAUAAAACCUCUUAUAAAAUAUGUUAUCUUUAAGGAUAUAAAAACAGAAUAUAGAGUUAGAGCAAUUCCUGUAAAACCAUCAAGUUUUAUAUGCAGGAUGUUUUUGCCAGAAAAAUGGGGAGGUUUAAGAACAAAAGAACUUGAAGCAGUCAAUGGAAUUAGUGGUAGCAUAUUUGUACAUUCAGUUCGUUUCAUUGGAGGUCAUAAAACUAGGGAAGGUGCAUUAGAGAUGGCAAGAAAAGCUCUAGAAAUAGGAAAAAAUGAACAGAUCAAGUUAAAAGAAAACAAAUAAACAAAUAAAUUCAUAUUUUAUGAAUUGCUGAUUUAAGUAUUAUAAAUAAAUUAUUUUAUGAAAAUGAA